AUGAAACAAAAACCUAUCAAAUUUACACAGCGAAUUAUUGAUUAUAUCGAUACAGAAACAUUAUCUUUUUCUUUACAAAAUGUUUGCAAACAUUUCCAUGGCAUUGUUAAUACUUAUAAUCAACAUCAACUCGAUUUUCGUUCAAUAACAAAACCAAAGUUCGAUUUUUUUCAUCGACUUAAUAAUCCUGAAAACAUUAUUUCUCUUGUUAUAUCUGACGGACAUAGAACAGGUGGUCAAAUCAAAUUAUUUCUUUCAUUAUUUGAUCUACGCACAUUCACUCGACUCCGCUCACUAGCUCUUAUUGAAGUUACAUUGUCCGCCUCGAUUGAAUAUCUACAGCAUGUUAUUACACAUACUCUUGACUCACUUUCUAUUGAUUAUGCGAAUCGACCCGAUUUAACAAAUAAUUUGGUUUCAUUAAGUUUGAAAAGGCUUACCAAUCUUCGAAAACUUAAUAUAAAUACGACUUCAUUAAUCCUUGAUAACAUUCAAUCUCCAAUACAACAUAUGAAAUUAAGCCAGUGUAUAAUAAACACACAAAUGUAUAAUAUUCUUCUCAAUUUUCCCCACUUAGAAACAUUGUCAUUAAAUCAUGUUUCUCUGCCUAAUAUCAAUGAAAAUUUGACUGCUAUUAUGAGCGUAAAGUCAAAACUAAAAUCCUUGUCCAUUGAGGGCUGUGGUGUGCACAUGAAUAUGGUCGCAUCAGUUCUGGUAUUGACACCAUCACUAGUCCAUCUUAAGUUAGUCUCAUGGUCACUUAUGCCUGAGCGUUUCUGGGAUGGUAAUUGGUGGUCAGAAUUUUUUGAAAUGAAUCUGAUGCAACUUAAAAUAUUUGAGUUCUUCUUUGAAAAGCAGAUAAGUUAUAACACAGACGUUAGUCAGGACAUUGAAUCCAUCAUAAAUUCAUUCCGAACACCACUCUGGCUAAGAAAACAAUGGCAUGUUGCAUGCAAUUAUUAUAAAAAUAUACAGAGACUGGAAUUAUAUUCCAUACCAAUAUGCAAAUCAACUAUUUCAUACCAAUCUACACGGACGAAAAUUUCUUCUUCAAAUUUAAAAAUUCCUGCACUGCAGAUCAUGGAUAAUAUACAUUCAUUGUACCUGCCUGUAAUUCCAUCAACAGCUGAACUCUAUGAUAAUGUAAUUAUAAUUCCUGAAUUUUUAUCCGUAACGAAUCUGCACAUACUUAUGUUUAAUCUGAAUAGUUUUCUAGAAUGA